CGACCUCUACCUUUUGCUUCUUCUCAGAAAUAUCUGUUCAGCCUUCAUUUCGAUGUUUCCAGAGAGCUUGCUGCCCUUCCCGCUAAUCGGUUUUGCUUUGAAUGCGGUCAACGAGGUCCGACUUAUGUGAAUAUCACGCAUGGAUCAUUUUGCUGUACCAGUUGCUCUGGGAUUUUAAGAGGAUUAAAUCCACCCCAUCGCGUCAAGUCAAUAUGCAUGGCAUCAUUCACAGCCGAAGAGAUCGAACGAGUCCGUAGCCUUGGAAAUGAAGAAAAUUCGCAUACCUGGUUAGGGCUGUAUUCGGGCACACCACCAAAGAUGACCAACAAAGAUGAGAUUACAUCAUUUCUUAUCAAAAAGUAUGAGAAGAAGGAAUGGUAUGUUUCGCGUUCAGAACUUGAAGAACAGGAGCGACUUUUGAAUCAGGCCAAAGAAGUUUCUAGUCAAUGCGGAACAAGCGUGAAAAGUGCCGGAAGUUCAUCGUCAAAGUCACAACCGUUACCUGCACAACCGUUUUCUCCUCCAGCAUUUGUUGCACCGCCGCCUCCGCUGCCCGUUAAACCUCCUGUGCAGAAUAAUACGCCCGCCCAGGUAUCGGAUCCAUUUGCGCCAGUUCCUCCAAAGAAUACAACAACAGAGUUUGAUCCAUUUGCUGAUUUCGAUGCGAAAUUCAGCGAACUUGCUUUGAAAAACUCGUCCACUGUCAGUGCAUUCGGUUCGCCUUUGCCAGCUCAGCCGCUUCCGAAAUCCGCCACAGUUGAUACUUCGUUUCGUACGGCGCAGCCCACAAGCGCUGCACAGCCUGCUAAUCCAUUCCAAGCUCAGAUACCGGAGCAGGGGCAGUCGUUCAACACUGCCACCCAUACUGAACAGGCGCCCAUCUCAAGUAACGCUGAAAGUGGUGACAAAUACAGUGCACUGGCGGAAUUAGAUCAGAUGUUCCAUCAUAGCGGUCACACGAACGCGGUAGGUGGAGAGAAGCCAGCAUGGAUGCCAAGUGGAUUUUCUACUGGUCUCCCUCCAGCUCACUACAGUCCAGCAUUUGGUGAGCCUGCACAAGCGCAGAGAAUGGCGUCUUCUGGUUUUGGCUCUAUUCCAAAAAGCAAUACCCUUGGAGCGAUAGCUGAGGUGGGACUAGCAACGGUUCCACAGACUACGGCAUCAUUCGACGUUAUGCAGCAGCAACCUUUCUCUAAUUCUUACGCCAACCUUGCUCCGAAUCCUUUCAUUCAACAGCCAUACGGAGGUGUAAAUCCUCAACAUAUUCCGGUCAAUAGCGAGUCAUCUUAUCCACAUGCUGCUGGAACGUGGAAUAAUCCAUUUGUGAUGCCUUUCACACAGCCUCGUUAUGGUGCCGAUGCAGUACAUGGUGCGGGCGGUAUUGCACGUCAAAGCAGUACACCAAAUUGGAAUCCAUUUGUAUAA